AUGGAGGAAACCGAACGUAGUCGAGCCGGAACCCAACAUAUCUCCAUUUCUGAAUACAUUCACUUCUCUCCCUCGCAAAUUGGUGAUUUGCUUUUUUUCCAGGUCCACAGCCCAGGCAAAAACAUGUUUGAAGACCCCUUACACGCCGCUAAAGCUCUUUCUGUUCUUUGCUUUGAUCAACACAGAUAUGACUUCUUACUUGUAUCACAUGCAUAA